UGACUCCCGCAUCUCCUCAUUUCCUUUCUCGGCUCUCGUUCCCCGUCCCUCUCCUCUCUCUAUAUAAAUACCUCGUUCUCACCCCCUCUUGUCCAAACCCUAGAAUCCCACCACCACACCCCCAUCGUACUCGGAGCUCCCGCAGAGGCGACCGCGUUCGCGUCGUGCGCUGCGUCCUCGCGAAGGUUUCUAGGGUUCGCGGCGAAGGAUGGGGCCGGUCGCUCCGCGCAGCAGAGGCCUCGCGAACGGCGAAGGGAGGGAGAUCGAUGCGCUUCUCGAGGAGCGGAACCAUGGCGGCGGCGCCGCGGCGUUCGAUCCCUUCAGAGGCGCCAGCGCUCCGCCCACCAUGGAGGGGUCGCGAGCGGCGCUGGCGAGCUUGUUCGGCGUCGAUGGCGGCGCGGAGGAGGUUGCGGGGGAGGAGGAGAUGCGGGGGCACCCGGAUUACUUGUCGUACUACUACGCUCCUGGGAACUUCAAUCCGAGGCUUCCCCCGCCGGCGGUGUCGAGGGAGGAUUGGCGGGCUGUGCGGCGGAUCAGCGAGUCGCGGAGGAGGGGUUCCGAUUGCGAUUUGGAUAGCAACUCGCUCUUCUCGGUGCAGCCGUGUUUGGCGGGCUCUAGAAGAGAGCAGAGAGCGGUGGUUCCUCCGCAUCUUUCUCCGGAUUGGCGUGAUUCGGCAGGAUUGGGAGCCAGGAGGAGUUUGACACAUCUUUCGCAGGAUGACAUGGGCCAUUCAGCUUCUCCUUAUGCUUGCCAUUCACAGCCAAUCAGUCGCAAUAAGUUCGACAGUAUCGUUGAUCAAAUGGGAGUGUCUAGUGUUCGAUUAAAUGGGAUGGAAGAUGUAGAUAGUCUGCAAACUGGACUGACUUAUCCCAGCAUUGUUAGAAACAAGAGCUUUAGUUCGAUAUCUCGACCUUGUUUUAAUGUUGACAGAGAAACACUCUCAGAAGAUGCCUUUGAACACAUUUCAUCUUUUAAGGGGGACUAUGCUGAUAUAUCUACGGCACUAUCUGGAUUGCACCUGUCUAACAGUACGACAAUGUAUGGAAAAUAUCCUGUGCAAGAGCAGCUUCAUAAAAUGCCAAAUAAUCAUCCUGACAGAGCAGGUGCCGCAUUUUUAAGAAGUGAGGAAGGUCGUUACUUGAAUGGAAUUAGAAAUCAAUUAUUAUCAAAUUCUCAAGUACCGGUGAUGGACAAAAUACACACACCACUUUUACAGAGGGAAUCAGAUAUCCGAAUGCAAGCUGGUGCGAAUCUUAGUCCUUUAAGAAGUAAUUACUUCCACACAGCACAAAUGGGUCUCUCCGAGUAUCAGAAAGCAUACCUUGAGUCUCUUAUUUCGCAGCAGAAAAUGUCCGAUAGUAGGUUACUCGGCAAUCCUGAUUCUGGCAUUGGUUUGCCCUAUUUGGGAACCCAGUCGUCACGCACCAGUAAUUCUUCUUUUGGUUCUCUAAGCCCUUUUGAGCAUAAUGAUCAGCAAUUUUUUCUCUCUUCCCCGGCAAGAGUUGCAGCUACCAGAUCUAUGUUGGAUGAAUUGAAGCACAACAAAAUCAGAACAUUUGAGCUUGCUGAUAUAGUGGGUCAUGUUAUUGAAUUUAGUUUAGAUCAGUAUGGAAGUCGUUUCAUUCAACAAAAACUUGAAACUGCAUUAGUUGGUGAGAAAAGCAAAAUUUUUCCUGAGAUACUUGCUCAUGCUCUUUCUUUGACGAAGGAUGUCUUUGGGAAUUAUGUCAUUCAAAAGUUUUUCGAGCUGGGUACCGAGAGCCAAAGGAAUCAGCUGAGUGAUCAAAUUUUGGGCCAUGUUUUGCAUCUAAGUCUUCAAACAUAUGGGUGCAGAGUAAUUCAAAAGGCUUUGGAAGUCGUUGAUUUGGAUCUACGAACUCAAAUUGCAUCUGAACUUGACGGUUUUGUCAUGAAAUGCAUCAGAGAUCAGAAUGGCAACCAUGUAAUACAAAAGUGCAUCGAAUGUGUCCCUGAAGACAGGAUUCAGUUUAUUAUAUCCACUGUCUUUGGACAGGUUUCAGUGCUUUCCACCCACCCAUAUGGCUGCAGAGUUAUUCAGAGGAUUUUGGAGCAUUGUGUCGAUCAAAAAACCCUAAGCAUAGUGAUGGAUGAUAUCAUGCAAUCUCUCUCUACUUUGUCAUAUGACCAGUAUGGGAACUAUGUUGUUCAACAUGUCCUGCAAUAUGGAAAGCCUGAACAGCGGUCUGCUAUAAUUCACAAGCUUAGAGGACAGAUUGUAGAGAUGAGCCUAGAGAAGUUUGCUUCAAAUGUUGUUGAGAAAUGCUUGAUUUAUGGUUCCCCUGAAGACCGCCAACUUCAAAUAAAUGAAAUUAUGGGUUCUAGCGGUGAAAAUGAAAACUUGCAGAUAAUGAUGAAGGAUCAGUUUGCAAACUAUGUCAUACAGACGGUCCUUGAGACCUGCGACGACGAGACGCGAAAGCUCAUUCUUUCACGCAUCAGAGCUCACCUAGCCGUGCUUAAGAAUUACACGUAUGGGAAGCAUAUCGUUGCUCGUGUCGAGAAGCUAAUUGUUGCGGGAGAAAAGCGAAUGGGGAUGCCACCGAAAUUGUCUUGAGGAAUAUACUGUAAAACCGAUUUUGUAAAGUUGUCGAGGUUAUUCUUAUUAGAAACUUGAGGAAAGUUCAAUCACUUUUGCCCUUACUACAUAUGUUAUAUAAUUGUCAUAUCUUUAAUAGAGGUAGAGGCCAUUAUUCUUGUGUAUAUCUUCAAUUUGGUACAGAACCAAUAGCAAUACCGCGAUGACGAUGAUCUAGUCUGGGGUUUUAUGUCCAAGGCGCGCGAUGUAAAUGGUUUUGGCUUUGAAGAAAGUGUAUAAAUUUUCAGGACCUUUAACAUAGCCAUUUGUAACAGUUAAUUGGAUUGUUAUGGUAAUAAUAAUAAAGCAGUUCUUUUAUUUUUAA